UGACAAUAUUGUGCAGGAACUUUUAUGUGUGCAGUACAAAAUAAAAUUUUACCGGGGGGCAAGAUAUGUGAGUUGGCCGGUGAGGCUCUAUGGCGAUAAGCGGGUGCUCGAACGGGCUGUUGGUGACGGCGCUGGUGACGUUACUGCUGUUGCCGGUGCACUACUACCUGCCGGGUACGGCCCCGGGUAAGGACGAGCGACAGUCACAAGCGCGGCCGCUCACCAGGCCGCUGCAGUCCAGCGCCGCGCAAAACUGGUUCUUGUUAGAGUUCCCGGUGCUCGACUUGGUCCUCACGGCCUCCUUGUUACUGUUGGCACUGAUGACGUACCUUUUCGACUGGAUACAAAGGAAGAUGAUGGAAAGGAGGCUUAUGAAGCUGAACGAGUACCUGGGCGCGUGCGUGCGGCGCCUGCGCGGCUGGGACGCGCGCCAGGAGCAGCUGGAGGCCACGCUGCGCAUGGUGCAGAGCGCCACGUCGGAGUACAACCUGCUGCUCUACUUGCUGCUGCGCCGCCACCGCGCGCCCGGCGGCGACAAGCGGCUGGGCGACGGCGACCCCGCCCUCGGCGACCAGUAG